ACAUACCCUCAAAUGAAAGCUGUCUGCUGUGUCACUGUCUCAAUGCUUUUGGAGCACACUGUAUAAUUGUUUUUUUAUGGAUGGUUUAUUAUGAGUUGACAUGAUCAUUAGAAAUUAUUCAGGGCCCACUCAAUGUCAGAUAGGGACUGUUAAUCCUGGGGUGAAAAAUAAACCGUGGACUCCAUAUGUUCCAUGCCUAAACUUGCAACUGUUGUAAAGUGUGUUGGAUCUGUUUUGGUUCCCUGACCUCCCUGAUUGAGGUGACAUUGACCUUCAGUGACCUCUGACCCUCACCCUUCUAUAAUAGAUUUUGGCUCUUGCUCACAACUCUCCUGGUAGUCUCAAGUCUUAAUAAUGAUUUCAUUUUAGCCCCUUUAGUUACAUCAUAAUAAUGAACUUAGGGUGGCUCAGUUAUGUGCAAUUCUUGUCUUUUCUUUUCUUUUUGGAGGCUUCUUUCCUUUGUCACGUUUUUAUCUCCCCCUCUAUGUUGGUCUGCUCAUCCUCUUGCCAGAAUGUCCCCCAAAACCCCUCCAUCCGCUCUCCUCCCACUCCAGCGAGGAUAUCCUGUCCUCCUCUAGCUGGGUGAUGUUGACUCAGGGCUGGGGAAGUGGUUGUGGGGAAGGACUUUAACUGUGAGGCUCAUGUCUGUACCAGCACAGUGGUCAUUGUGGAACACACAUAGCCAGUGCAGCCAGGACUUUGAUCUCGCUCAGCUGCAGUGGAUCCUACAGGUUCACUACUCUGCUCUCUCGCUCCUGAUCUUGUCCUCUCAUCACUGCUCAAGGUCAUGGACGAGCACCCCACCUCCGCCUCAAACGACAACAACUACACAGACUCUGCCUGGUUCAUCCAUGAGUGCCAUGUGGACCUGGACAACACCUCGAGGCGCGUGGCGCUCUUCCUGCUCUACCUGCUGUUCUUCAUGGCUGGCCUCACGCUCAACUCCCUGGUGGUGUGGGUCAACUGGCACCGGCGCAGCAGCCGCAAUGGCGUGCUCUUCUGCAUACUCAACGUGGGUGUGUCGGACCUACUGAUGACAGUGAUGGUGCCCUUCUUUAUGCUGGAGGCGAUGAUGGAGUACGUGUGGGUGUGGGGAUACCUCCUGUGCCGCUUCACCAACAUCGUCUACGACAUCAACUUCUACAGCAACUCCUUCUUCCUGGCCUACAUGACGGUGGAACGCUACCUGGCCGUGGUGCGCACCGGGCCCCGACCCUGGGGCCCCAAGCAGGCCAGGCUCAGAGGCCUUCUCUGUGGGUUCCUCUGGGUCCUGUCCGUGGUUCUGGGCCUGCUGGAGAACGCCCAUGUGACACUGCUGGAGUGGGACGAGCCAGGCUGCUACAGCUACCCAGAGCACAACUUUAUAGACUGGAACACCGCCCAGACCUUCCUCUACCUUAUCUUCCAGUUCCUGGGCCCGGCAUCCAUCAUUGUGACCUUUAACCUGCUGACCCUGCGGGCGGUGCGGGCCAGACCGGAGGGGGCGGGCCGGGGGAAAGAGCUGUGGCUGGUUCAUCUGUAUUCCCUGGUGUUUGUGCUGUGCUGGCUGCCCUUACACAUUGUCUUAAUGCUGCUGGUGGUGGAUGACCUGAACCCAAGGGUGCUGAGUUGCCAGACGGUGGAGAAGAUCUACUUCUCCCAUGUCGUGGUCAAGGCUCUCUCACUGUUCCACUGUGUGGCCAACCCUAUCCUCUACAACUUCCUCAGCAGAAGUUUCCGUGGAAACCUCAUCGCCGACCUGGCUCGCCACCUGCCCAGAGACGCUGUCGCCAGGGGAAGGGACGAGAAUCACGGCAACCGUGUGGGUAAUGGAAGGGCAGCGGCCAAUGAGAAGGCAAAGGAAUUGAGUAACGCCAGCACCAGCCAAUCGGAUGUGGAGUCUUAAAGAGAGGGACCAUUGUAGAGGGGGAACAAAAACUAAUGCGUUGGAAUGUCCCUUUGCCAUGCUUGAUGUCUCCCGCAAUAAUGGAUGUUUUAUUGUCACAUACACCAGAUAUGUGCAGUAAUAUAUAAGAAUAAUAUUAUAUGCCAUUUAGCAGAUGCUUUUAUUCAGUCAUACACGCAUACAUUUUACGUAUGGGUGGUCCCAGGAAUCAAACCCAAUACCCUUGUAUUACAAGUGCCAUACUCUACCAACAGACCUAAAAAGGACCACAGUGAUUUGUGUUGUUUUACAGGGUCAGCCAUAGUAGCACGACGCCCCUGGAGCAAAUUAGGGUUAAGUUCCUUGCUUAUGGGAGGGGUUGAGUGGAGCUGAAAGAUGGGACUAUAAAACAAACAAAAGAUAACUAUUGUAAAAUAUACUGCGUCUGUAGAAUAUAUAUAUGUAUAGUACAAUAUGUAUAAGUUGGAAGUAGAAGCCUAAAUGUUGUUGUCCAUUAGUUUACUCCAAUUAGGGGAGGU